AUGGCAAACUCCACGCACAGUCAGAUCGCACCGCACCCUUUUUUGCGUGUUUCAGACCCUCCAUCGUCAUCACCAUUCUCCUCCCCCUCCUCGUCCUCGUCGUCGACAAUAUCAACAUCUUCACACGAUGAAGUAGAAAACGACGAUGAUCAUAGCAAACGGAUAGAGCAAUGCGAGGCCAUCCUCAACGGCUCCUCAUCAGACAUCACCGCCGAGGCAAAAGCUCUCGCCGUACUCAAAGCCUUCCGCGAGCAACUCCCGGAGGACGGCCUUCAAAAGUUCGUAGACGAUAUCCUCGCCUGUGCCAAGCUAGGCGGCAUGCCCUAUAUGCAACAGCUCGGCGACCACCUACUCACAGCCAUUCUCAUUCCAUGUGAGCCAGACGAAUCAACUUCCGACCUUUCUAAGUUGAAGGAGAUCGCUGAUGAGUUGUCCAACUCAGUUAAACUCCUAAGCCUCGGACCGCCCUCUCUAAAACACAGACACGACCUCCUCGGUUCCGUGUCUCAACACGCCAACGGGAUCAGGCACCUAAGCGAAACCACUCUCGCCCGCGACGGCCGCCGUUGCGUCUACACCGGCAACAUCGAUAUCCACCAUGUACAAGAUGAUCCCGAGCCCGAGACCGGGCCAGUAGCUUACACUGAGUCCCGCCAUAUACUGCCUUACGGGCUCAAAGACCACACUCAGGAGAUGCCCCGAGAAACCGAGACGAAAAGAGCCAUCUGGUGGUCGAUACACCGGUACUUCCCCGCCUUGGCCGGCAAGAUCGACGGUUCGAGCAUCGACCAGCCGGCCAACGUGCUCACCCUGAACGAGAGCGUGUCCUCCGACUUUGGAGAGUGUCACUUGGCGUUUAAACCACUUCCGACGGAGAACGAGUACGAAGUCGUCGUUCUGGGGCGCAUAUCGUCGGGCUACCCGUUCAAUACCGGCUACUCAAUCACCAAGAUGGUCCUCUCAGCCCACAACGCGCUCGGCCUUCCAGAUCGCGAUUUCUUAGACAUGCAUCAUCGUGUGGCGAGGAUGUUGAGCGAGACCGAUAUUGUAGAAGAGAUUCAGAGCCGGCGGGAUCGGCGGGACCCUGAAGAUUCAUGCGUUCAGUCUCCAACGGAUGCAGCUCACAUCUUUCCGUUGAUGCUGACUUGUUUGAGCAAUUUGUAA